CAUUUUUUAAUACAAGUACAUAUGUUUGUGUGUGUGUGUGAAUGAAUAAAUUUAUUCCGGCAGGAUAACGAAACGAGUAUAUAAAUUAUGAGAGCGAAUACAAAUUUCGACGAAAUACAUGUGUGUGAGUAACGCUUAUGACGUCGUGUUCAAAUGCUGUCUGAUGCAUACACCUAUAUGUUUAAAUUUAUGAGUAAAUACACUAAAUGUGUUAACCACAAAAGGGGCUAAAAAUAAGUAACUCGCUCAGUAGAAAGAAUUAGCUGACUCAGCAAACGGUUGUAAAAUUUAAAUUCUAUAUAAAACCCAGAAUUUGAAGCGAGACCGAGCAUUGAGGAAGUGUACGUGCUGAUGAAAAGAACAUGAAGUUGCUAGUGAUAUUUGCCGCAGCGUUGCUUGGCGUGCAAGCAGUACGAGUGCCGUAUAUAGUCACCGAUGCCGAUGGAGAGAAAUAUCAAAUACUUUUGCCACAAAAUCGCCAAGGACCCGUGUAUAAUCGCCCCGCAUUUGAAUACAAACCCAAUGAUUACGAAGUUUAUUUAUCGCCGUUAGAUCAUGAGGAAGUGAAUUUACAACGUGGCGUAGAUUUGGGCAGCAGACGUUCCGUCUACGAUUACAGCGCUGAAGACUAUCACUGGCCGCCAUAUAGGCAAGAUGUGGUUAGUGCAGCACGACGCCGCGCCGAUUCUGCGAAGCAAUCGGACUCUGAUUCCAGUGAUGAAGAAGAUCAAAGUAAACAGGAAGGACGUGACAAUGCAGGCAGUGAACAACAAUAUGGUUCGGGUUCGAAGGAAAAUGAAACUGAUGAUGAUGAAUACAAAUUGAUUUUGCCGCAUGCGUUGCAAGGGCAAGUGCAUGUGCCGGGCCUAGGGUUGAUCAAUCCUUCUGCCGUUAAGAAGGUUAAGGUUAAAGUGCCACAUUACGCAGAUGCCUUCCUAAGACAACAAAUAAUUGAGCAAUACUUGGCUGCGCAGGGUUUGAAUCCACAAGGUUUCGAUGUGAGAGGUUUAAUUGCACGCGGCUUAGAUGCAGAAGCGUCGCGUGAACGUGGUUGGGAUUUACAAUACUCAUAUAAUCAACAGCCGAAAGCCAGAAAGUUUUCACGUCCAAUUAAUUUUCAACAACUGAUGUAUGUUACAGUGCCGGAACGUAAGCGACGUCAAGCUGUAGAAGUAAGCACCACAACUAAUCCAAUCAAAACCACAACAGUACCUGAUGUAAUCGAGACAAAUACAGAUGCUGAAGCAACCACACUAACCGAAUUAGCGGAGGGUGUGACCGUAACUACGGACACACCGCUGGCAGUUAUGACAACCGCACCAAAUGCAGUACCUUCAGUCGUAACGCCGUUCAUUUCCGUAACUACCAGCAAACCUUUCGAACUAUCUUCACCCGAGCCUGAACCAAUUAUACCACUCAUCAGUUUUGGUUCGAUAUUACCAGCUGAGGUCUCGCAUGUACCGUUUGCAUCGCGUAUACCCCGCAGUCCAACAGCAGGCACUGGUAGCACUGCUGAUCCUGUAUUGGACGAAAUUUUGUCGCGCAAUAAACCUAAAGUAAAGGGUAUGGCACAAUAUCUAAUCGCAACAACGCUUUCAACGGUUUUAGCGCAUUCCGAUGAGCGUGGUCCAAAUACCUUCGACUUGUCACAUACGCGUGAAAUGCGUGCUGUGAACGUAGCGCCUGUAACACCCGCCGUAACGGAGGUAAAUGCUGUCGUUGAGGAAAUGAGACCAGAAACAACGGAAGUCAAUUGCGAUAUACAGUGCACCAAAUUAGAUUUGAACCCUGUUUGCGCAUUUAAUGGCGAAUGUUAUCACGAAUUCGCAAAUCAAUGUGCGAUGGAGACGUUCAUAUGUAAGCGUCCGGAUUUGGGUUUCAAGGCAACGCCGAGAGAGCGUUGUGUUAUGCAUUGGCUCAAGCGUUGCAACUCGCAAGAAUUGAAGAUUGAAUAGUGGUUAUGCUGAGAAAUUGGUUAGAUGCUGCCGGAAGAAAUCUUUUUUACAUACAUUCUUAUAAAUAUACAUAAAUAAAUUUUCGAGCAAAAAAUGUUUAGAUCAAAUUCAUUAUGUAAAUAGCAAAAUAUCGAUGAUUAAAAUUUCGAAAAUUUAAACUUA